UGUGAUGGAUUGCGCUUCUAUUCAAAACCGUCAUUCUUUUUCUAAAUUUUCAUUAACACAUUAAAAUAUGGAAAUCACGUGCAAAUCUGUGUCUUCGACACAAAGGGUUGAUAGUUGUUUUCAUUGUUUAUUAUCAAUUUUAUUUUUUCUUGUUUAUCAUGAGGUAAACUGCCCUGGGACUUUUGGUGAGAAGCAGGUCAUAUAUACGCUAAACAAGAUAAAUAAAGAUAAGUGGCCACCCUAACUUUAGCACCGCUCCCCUUACACCUGAGAAAACUCCCUCCCCUCCCAAUUGUACAAUUGUACUGAAUUUCUGAAGGCACUCCGAGAGCCUUUUUGCCUAAAUGGUGGGAUUUAAAUGCCUUAAAGAAACAAACAAAUGGGGAACAAGGGGGAAAAAAUGAGGUAAACCUCCUGGGAAUUCCUGCCAAAUGCACAUUCUCAGCUUGUCAUUACUGACGUUCAACAAAUGAAAAAGAAAGGAAAUGAAUGAAUGUGAGAAUCGGCAUGGUCAGCAAGGGGUUACUUGAUCCCAGACCAGAACCAGCUCCCUUUCCCAUAUAGCUUGCACCCUUUGACUUGUAUCUCUGUGUUGUUGUUUUUUUUAAUAAGGCUUUCUAAAAAGAAACAAGAGCUGAAAAAUUCAGAGAGAAGGCCUAGUUCAUUUCAGGAGCCAGGGGUGGUGUUGGCGGGGAACCAAACAAACUACAAUUCCCAGAAUGCUUUGGGAGAAGCCACGGCAGUUGAAACUGUUUUGUGUAACCAAGGAAGCAGACAAAUCCUUAACAGCAGAGAGCCAGGGAGAGAGGAAAAUGAACCAGACACAAAGUAUGCUGAUAGACGGCCUCACUCGGACCAAGCAUGUUGCCAGCGCCGCUCUCAUCAGAAUAGUGGACGGCAACAUCCUGGCAACGACUCCGGGCUUCAACAUCCAGAGCCAAGCCCUGGUCUUCCUCCAAGCUUUUUUUAAGGAGCUGCUCCAAGUCAGAAGAGACGGGCUUUACUUCAAAGACCGGUACUACAAGUGUGUCCGAGCCGACGACCACUCCAUCUACCUCAAAGGGAAAGACAACGGGGUGAUAUUGGCCAAAACGGGGACCUUCAUCGUGGUCGGCACUUACGCCCAAGGAAUGUACCCCAGCGUGUGUGUGGAAGCCGUGGAGAAGCUGGCGGACUACUUCAGAGCAAAGGGAAACUGAAAAGGCUGUGGAGAUGGAGCCAUUUUACUCGGAGACCCAGCGCAGCCCAGCCCAGCAAGAGAACGGAUCGCCAUCGGCAAGAGAGAGCAGCUGAUGCAAGGACCACGAAUCCUUUUCACAUGCAUCCUACUUGUGGGGUUGGAGGGGAGAAAAAUUAAAUGCACACGAAGUAAAACCUUGGUGCUUGAUUGAUAUAUGUGUAUCGUUUCAGGUUCUCCCUGGCCUGAAGCCUUGAUUGGUUGAGGCUGGCUGCAAUUCCUGGCUGGGGAUGUUGUGGCCCUCUCUGCCUGGCCCUCAGGACUUUCCACGCUCCAGGCCAUGCCUUCCCUCCAGGACACAACCACCAGUAGCCCUGCUCCUGACCCUAUCUCAAGUGUCUGACAUUCAGAAGACAUCUGGGAAGU